AUCUCAGCGUAGAAUUUAUAGUAAAUGGAAGACCGUAAAGAACUAUUAAAUAAUGUGGAAUGUUUUGUAGCGAAAUCCAAUCAACUAUUAAGUAUAAUGUUGCAAGAUUUUAAAUGGAUCCGCGGUGAUUUGAUGAAACCACCUAAUACAGUUGUUCUUCGGAGGAAACAAAAUGAAGCUAUUAACGAACCACUGCCAGAAUCGUUUUAUUCUGAUCAGCAUCGAUGCUCGAUAAAAAUAGCGACGCCUGACACAGAGUCAGAUUCAUCAAGAUUCACACCGUCUAGUCAUGCGGAUUUAGUGAUAAAUUUAAGCAGAGAAGAACGGCUAUUGUAUUAUCAAGAUGUCAUAUUGCAAACUCCGACAUUGCGAGCUCCACCCGAAAUUCAAAUCAACUUCAAGAAGAAAGAUGCUGAUGCUAAAAUGACAUCCUUAGAAGAUAUAGUUUCUUAUCGGCGGGAUAUACGACGUAGAAAUCAAAAGUACAGAAUAGCCAAAAACCCGCUAACAUAUCAGGAAGAGCUUCGAAAAUUAAUCCAGCUGCAAGCAGAAGCCUUAACGGAAUAUAUAUCGGGUCAAUCUUCAUCUGAAAGUAAACGUGCCAUGCCGCAUGCAAUUCGUGAUGAUUAUCAUAGAUCUAAAGACAAUCAUGGAAGCAACAGUAAAGAUUUGUCUUCUAAGGAGAAGAUCGCAAUUGAUAAAUAUAAGCCCCAUCAUAAAAGAGAGCACUGGAUAAAUAGUUGAAAUAGUGAAGCAUACUAAACUCAACUACAAUUCUAGAGAUUUUUUAGUGUCUCUUUUAAUACCUAAUAGAAUAUAGACUGUUGCAAUUUUAGUUAUCAGAAUAAUUUUUUAAGUUUUUUUACACUCAAAUCUCGUACGUCCAC